GUCAGGCCAACUGUCGUAAUCUGCCUAGCUGCAGCUUGGUUCGUCACACGGCUUCUAGAUUGAAAUCAAAUUUGAAAACGCUGCUGCAGAAAGCAACAUGGCAGACGAGGAGAACCUACCGCCCGGAUGGGAGAAAAGAAUGAGCCGCAGUUCAGGCAAAGUGUACUACUUCAACCACAUCACUAAUGCCAGCCAGUGGGAACGUCCAGUGGGAGACGGACGUGGCGAGCCAGAUAAGGUACGCUGCUCUCAUCUCUUGGUGAAGCAUAAUCAGUCGCGUCGUCCAUCUUCCUGGAGGGAACAAAACAUUACACGAUCUAAAGAUGAGGCCUUGGAUUUGAUUCAGAAGUACAUAGAACAGAUCAAGUCUGGACAGGAGAAGUUUGAGUCCCUGGCUUCUCAGUUUAGCGACUGCAGCUCCGCUAAGAAUGGUGGAGAUCUGGGACUGUUUGGUAGAGGUCAGAUGCAGAAGCCUUUUGAAGACGCCUCCUUUGCUCUCAAAGUGGGAGACAUGAGCGGCCCUGUUUUUACUGACUCUGGAGUCCACAUCAUCUUACGCACUGGUUGACAAGAAGACUCCACACGUUGUACUUUUCUCUUCCAUCAUCAAGCACACAUACAAAGUCUAACCCAGUCAAUCCUGCAGAUUAUUUUAAUGGCACACAGCACCCCAGUAAACAAAGCUUAAAGCCUGCAUCGCAUCAUUUUAGGCAGGAUCCGUUUGUUCCAAGCACCAUUAAACUAUUAUUCUUUAAGUUCUUUUAUUAACGAUGACAGUGCCUGUUGAAGUGACCGCCCUAUGGAAACUUUCAUAUGAGUGAGGAUUAUUUAAAGUCUUCUUGGUAUGUGCAUGACUUCUAAAGGACCACUUACUGUAUGUUUCCCUAUAAGAUUUCCCAUUUCCACUGUAUGUGUGCCAAAGCAGUUCCUUAACUGUUUUGGAAAAUAGGUUCAAAUACUUUCUAAUAUUAGCAGCAUCCCUGCAGAUGGAGAAAGCACUGUUGUUCUGAGUUUACUAGAGUUAAUCUUUGUGUUUUCCAUUAUUCAAAAAAUGGAAUUAUUUCUUUCCACAAUCCACUCUGAAAAUGCAUGAUUUCUGGCCUUUGGAUAUGCCUUGAUGGCGCCGUUGAAAGCUUGCAGGUUUUAACAAUAAUCUCCACAGCUUUUAAAACCAUCAAUGUUCAGAUGAACUGUUAACACUGUUGUGUCAUUGAGGCAAAAAUAAAAUCUCUUUUUGUAAGUCUGGUUUUCUUUAUUUCCAUGAUUUAACCAUCUUCAAGCGUUUCCAGUUUCUUUAGGAAGAGACAGGAAGUGACUAAAGUGUAGAUUGCAUAUCGGUUUUAAACCUCUGA